GCGGAAGCCAAACAGGCUGCUGCUGCUGACGAAUCCCUCGACUCUCCCUCCUCCUCCUCCUCCUCCUCUUCCUCCCCCUCCAUCCCGUAGCGAGGAUGGCCGCUGCAGCACCCGCCGCCGUGACCAGAGCUGAAUCGUCGCUCGACGCGGACCCGACGGCGACGCGGGUCCCGUCCCUUGCGGGCCCCACCGAAAAGGCGGCGCCGCUGGGGGGCUCUGAUGAUCCGUAUCUGCACGACUACCCCGACGGCGGAGCGCGGGCGUGGUGGAUCGUGCUCGGGGGCGCGUGCACGACUUUCUCGACGUUCGGCUAUGUCAACGCGUGGGGGGUGUUCCAAGAAUACUACCAGGCAACGUUGCUGAGGGAUUCGUCUCCGUCGAACAUAGCCUGGAUAGGAUCGAUACAGUACUCCUUGGUGUUCGUUCCCUGUCUGCUCGUCGGGCACGUCUUUGACCGGGGGUACUUCCGGGCGCCCUUCCUCUGCGCGAGCGUCUUCCUCGUCAUCGCGACGUUCCUCGUGGGCGAAUGCACGCAAUACUGGCAAUUCCUCCUCUGCCAAGGAUUUGCGGUGGGGAUCAGCGCGGGGAUCAUCUGGGGCCCACUCACUGCGAUCAUAGGCCACUGGUUCAAGCGCAGGCGCGGGCUCGCGACGGGGUUCUUGGCUGCGGGGUCGUCGCUCGGCGGAACACUGUUCCCGAUUAUCUCGCGCAAUCUGAUCCCGCGAAUCGGAUUCCAGUGGGCCCUGCGUGUGAUCGGGUGCAUCCUGGUGUGCACGCUGGGGAUCGCGAAUCUGACGCUGCGACGGCGGCUUCCGCCGAAACACGUCUCGGGCGGCCUGCUGAAUCUCGCCGCAUUCAAGAGCGCGGCGUACACCGUCUACUGUCUCUCGGGCAUCGUCGCGUUCCUCGGGGUCUACACCGUGUCGACCUAUAUCGGCGUGAGCGCGACGUCCGCCGGCGUCUCGCCCGACUUUGCGUUCUACCUGCUCUCGAUUGUCAACGGCGCGUCGCUCGUCGGGCGCCUCGUCGCGGCGAUCAUGACCGACCGGCUCGGCGCCGUGAACGUCAUCAGCCCGAUGACCGCGCUCGCGGCGCUGAUGACCUAUGUCUGGCCCUUGGCCAGGUCCAAAGCUGGCUUUGUCGGCGUCGCCCUGGUCUACGGAUUCGCGUCUGGCGCGUAUGUGUCGUCGUUCAUCCUCCCGCUGUACCACAUGGGCGACAUCGCGGACGUGGGCCGCAGAUCGGGCAUGACCGUCACGCUCACGGCAGUCGGCGCCUUGGUCGGGCCGCCUAUUUCCGGGGCAAUUAAUACGGCGACGGGGGGCUACCAAGCCGUCGGGUACUACGCCGGCAGCACCAUCAUCUUGGCGAUCGUGCUCAUGUUGGUCGCGCGCCAUCUCGUCCUGGGGAGACUGCGCGGCAAGUUUUGAUGGUA